AUGGGUUUUACCUCAAAUUAUUCGUUAAAGUGGUGUUCUUUAACAUUUUUUAUUAUAUUUCUAAGAAUAAAAAAUUUAUUGGCAGACGAAAUAAUAGAUAAAGAUUAUUUUGGAGAAUAUCCCUGGGAAAGAAGUGGAAAAUUUGAGGGUGAUAUAAUAGCUAUGGAUGAUAAUGCUAUUUCUGUUCGUAACGCUGUUUCAAGUAAAGCUAGAUUAUGGCCAAAUGGUACCAUACCGUAUUUAAUUGAUCCAAAAUUUGAAUCACAGCAUGUUGCUGCCCUUUUAGAAGUAUUUGACGCAUUUGAAGAGAAAACAUGCAUAAAUUUUAGACCAAAGAAAAGAAAUGAUCAACAUUGGAUAUAUAUUGUAACAGAAAAAUUUGGUUGUUUUACACAUGUUGGAUUAAUCCCAGCGCUCCGUGAACACAAAGUAAAUUUGGAUAAGGAAAAUUGUAUAGUUCGUGGUACAAUUAUUCAUGAAUUAAUGCAUGUACUGGGAUUUUAUCAUCAACAAUCUACAACAAAUCGUGAUGAUUAUGUGGAUAUUUUAUGGGAUAAUAUUAAACCUGAAACGUUUAUUAAUUUUUCGAAGUACAAUUCUAACAAAGUAAACGAUUUAAAUUUUGAUUAUGAUUAUGCAAGUGUAAUGCAUUACAGUAUGCGAGCAUUUGCUAAAAAUAGAAACUUAAUUACAAUAAUGCCAUUGAAAAGUAAUGUGAUUAUUGGACAACGUAAUGAUUUUAGUGCAAUAGAUAUUUUAAAGAUUCGUGCAAGAUAUAAUGAAGAAUGUUAUGGGAAAAAGAAUCUUAAUGAAUGA